GCGUCCUCGGGCCUGGCGGGGGUGGGGGCAGCGCAGCUUGGCUCUAAAAUGGCUCCUUCAGGCGCCUGAGGCUUGCCUGGGCCCUGGGUGACGACCCGCGUUCCUCUCCGCUGCCCGCGUCUCUCCUCACACGCUCCCUGCUCCCGUGGUCCCGGCGGGGCGCGGGCGCCGGGUCCCGGUGCUGCGGCCCGGCCCCUGCCCAGCCAGCGCCGGCUGAUGCUGUGCAAACAGCGCUGCUGUAGCCCCGGGGCUCCCCCCGCCGCUCCGUUCCCUUCCCGCGCUCCCCGGCCGCCUGGUUGCCGCCGGGCCCGGGGCUCGCUGUCCUGCCCGUUCCCGCUCCCCCGGCCGGGCCGCCGCGGCCUCCUCCCGCCCGAGAGAGGAGGGACCCCGCGUCCUUUUGUGCGAGGUGAGCGGUCUGUCCUGGCUCGGGAGCCCCCUCCCGCCACCGGGGAGGUCCGGCCGUCGUUAUUGAACCAUUGAAAGUCAUCGAUCGAGAAGCUGAGGGCUUCGAACGAGCUGCUGUGGCUUUGUAACCUCGUUAGGCCUGUGUCUUCCCUCUGAUGGCUGCGGGUUUUCAUGCACACGUGUGACAGGUCCCUUCCAUUUUCAGUGGGUUUGUGGCUUUGGUUUUGUUGCGGGGUUUUUUUUGGGUUUUUUGUUUUGUUUUUGUGGUUUUGCUUUGUUUUUUUUUUUUUUUUGUUAGUGAUGAUCAAGGCAAGCAGGAGUUAGAAGCUGCUUGAAACAGGAACGAAAUGUGUGCUCCUCCCUCACAAUUUACUUUUUUUUUUUUUAAUUUUGCAGAGGUUUUCUUUUUGUUUGUUCUUUUAAGAGAUUCUUUAGAAGAACACCUGAGCAUCCUCUUGGUGACUCUCUGUGAUGAUCCAGUGACAGCAGCCUUGCAGUUACAUAUAUAGCUACUGUCUGGGGAAACGAGCAAUAAAAUCUUGGAAGAACGGCAUUACCUUCCACAAAUUACUUUUGCAUUACUAUUGUUGCCAUUUUUGUGGUGAUUAAAAAAAAAAUCCAUAGGCUGCAAGUUCUUUACCUAGCUGUGCAAUAAGUGCUGCUGCUUCCUCAUGCGAGGUAAACAAAACCUGCCCUUGUGUUGAUUGCUUGGACAAAAGGUGGCUGUGUAGCUAAGCAGUAUUGGGGUAAAUAAACAGAUCUUUGAAGGGGAAACAACUAAGUUUCAGAAACUUGAGCAAUGAGUAUGCUUGGUUGGUUUUUUCUCUUUUUUAAGAUGAUGGUACUCUCCCAUUUUACAGUCAAGAAUUAUAUCUUUAAGGAUAUUUUCUUGUCUGUAUUCCCAGUAUGGGUUAUUGUUAGGAAAGAGAUUAUGUUAGGUUAGUUGUCAGAACGUUGGUAUUGGGCUCUUUGAUGGGUCUGUUGUUUAUGUUACAAAGCUGUUACAGCUCUGUAAUUUCAGCAUUUCUGCACACCACCUCCUCCCAAAUGUAGAAGUAAAAUGUUUUGAGAGAACAUGAAGUCUGAAAAGUCCUACAGUAGCAGUUUCUGUGACUUCUGCUUAUCAGUUGUUCUUUUUUUUGUGUGUGUGUGAUGCAAAAUUUACCUGUUGGAAAGAACUGAUGGCUAUGUUGAGUCUUCAUUUGGAAAACUUCAUUUGUAAUGCUUCCUACACUGAAAAUUCUCAAUCAAUAUGGCAUAGCUGAGCAUAAAGCAGGUACUCGAUUGAUUUCUAGUCGAGGGUUUUGUGGUUCUACUGAAGAACAUUUGUAAGCCUUUUUAUUUUUUUUCUUCAGUAGUACUGCUUUGUUGUGAUGGUACUAACAUUCUUGAAAAAAAAAUUAUAUUUCAGAGUAAUGUUUUAUUUUUCAUUUCCAUUGAGAGUGCUCACAGGCAUAACAUUAAGCACAUAUAAUUUUGAGGCUGUAGUGUUCAGUCUGCUGUUCCCAGCUGGAUAGGACUCUGUCAGGCACUGAAUGUCCUGGUGCUUCACUUUGCUACAUCCAGGCACUGAGCACUGGGAGUAAAGCAGAAGUUGUCACUGGGAGAAAGAACUGCAGAAACUGGAAGAAAGUUUGUAAAGAACCUAUUUUCAUGGAAUUUGGCACAAAUAAGAAUUCUGAGUACCCUUUCAGUUCUUCCACUGUCAGUUUAAGUGCUAAUUAGUGUGAUGUGUUUUUAUAAACUGAAUGCCAAAAGAGUAAGGGUGUUCUGAGUUUACUUUAAGGCCUUUUAUAUUUCAUCUGUGUAAAUGCAUAUUGUCCCAAAAGCACUUCAGUGAAAGUUGAGUAUCAGCAGAAUUGUUGUAAAUGCUAAUUUUAUCGACAGUAAGAUACUGUAUGUGCUUUGUUUCUAAUUUAUUAUUUUAAAAUCAUAUUGACUAAUCUGAACUGGCCAUUAACAAUAAUGGAAAUAACUUUCAAUGAAAUUUCUUAGUUUGCACUCUUGCAAACUUCCAUUCUUAAAUUAUCCAGUGUGAAAUCAUUGUAGAGCUUUUCCUUCUUAAACUCACUCCUUUAUUGACUUUUUAUUUUUUAAAACACAUGUUAAUCAAAUAUGCUCAGACUAAUCAACAUCUGCUCUGGUUUUGUGUCAUUUUGUUUCAACUUAAGCAAGUUCUCUGUUAAGAAUGUGGCUGGUUGAACAGAAGAAAGCCCCCUCCUCAAGCGUGGGUGUUUAACAGAAAGAAAUUGACAGAGGAAUUAAUAAUACACUGGAUGUGCUAGAGCUAAGUUUAUGGACAUUAAGAAUAAAAAAAAGAUUUUAAAUUCUGCUUCUUCUCCAGUGACUUGGUUUUGGAAACAUCAAAGUAUUUUAUCAUUACUGAAUGGUUUUUGUGAGCAGUUAGACAAAUGAGGCUUUUUUAAUCUUUUAUUUCUGUCAGAUGGCAGGCAACUCUUACUUACUUUCAUAUUUUUUUGUUAUUUUUUAUAGGCUGUUGUUUAUUUGGUGUUCAAUCUGUGGUGCAACUUUAGCUGUUUCCCAGAGCAAUGAACAGAAGGGAGUCUGAACAAACCUGCACUUCAGUAGCUCCACUUGAAACUUUGAUCAGUUUUUUCUGUUGGGCUUCUGGUAACAUUUCAUUUCUGCAGUCUUAACAGUUCAGUCGUUUUCUACCAAUAUUAAUGUGGUGUUAGUCUAAAUAGGCAAAACCUUUUAUCAGAACAAAGGUAAAAUUCCAUUUUACAGCUCUGUAUUGAUUGUCUUCAUUCUGAUGAGCCUGCUGUUUGCAGGAUCUUACAGUGGAAUAAAUCGUAUAACCUAAUAAAACACUUCAAGGAAUGCAGGAUUUUGCAUGUGGCCCAUCCUGUUGAAGGAAGUAUGCAUAUUUUAUAGGUACACAAGUGGCUUUUGGGUUAGUUUAGCUGUGAAAGUGCCUCAUAUUUGCUUCUUGAAGUUUGCAUGCAAAAUACUUAGAUACUUAUGGAAUUACCUAACUGAUCAACUUUGAGAUGAUUUCUUUCGCAAAAAAAAUCCCCAAGGGCUUGCUUGGCUGUUGUAUUCCACCUCUCCUGCAGUGGCAGCGUGCCACCUCUGUGGAAAGGAAGGAAUGUUGCUUCCCACACCUUUUCAAACACAAGCACAAUGGACUAAUGCUCAGGGGUUCUGCAUUCACUUGGAGAGUGCUGUGAUCACCCUGCGGUGUCUAAUGACAACGUGAGAGAGUUUUUCUGGAAGUCUGAUUUUUAAUUUUUAUUGUUUUAAUCAAGCUUAAUAAAUUCUGCAUUGUUCUGGGCCUUGUCAGCUGGGAAAACUGCUCCAUUUGAACACAAAUUCUUUUUACUGUCUUCCAUGUGGGGUAGAGGAAUGACUACAGAACCCUCCCUGAAGAGGUGUAUUUUCAAGCCUCAGUGAGAAGAUUAGCUUCUAAUUUUGAAAAAUUUACUGCUGAAGCCUUUUCUUUCUUUUCAUAAGUGGGAUCAUUGAGAAAUAGAUAAAGUUUGGUUGUGUUAGUAACUCUUAAAAUAUCCAGGCCUUGUAGGUAACAACUUAUAAGACGCUUUUUAUACAGAAGCUUAUUAUGUGUACUAUUCAUAUUUAUAGAAGGUUUGCUAAUUAAGAAUUAAGGGAUCCAUAUUUUUUUUUAGUAUGGUGACAGAUCACAGUAUGAAGCAAAAAGGAUUUAACAUCUCUUUUGAGUUUCAAGUAAAGUUGGUAGAUUCCUGCCAAAAAGUAAUUUUGUACUCAUAAGUGAGAUGUCACUAGCUUAACAGUUCUAUCCAGCGAAUGUGGGCUGCUGCUAAAUUCAUGUUUCUUUUUUGACUGCUUAUAUUUUUUGUCCCCUUUUAAUAGAGUUUGACUUAAUUUAUUUUUCUAGUUUGGGUAGGAAUUUUUAACAAGAUUUUUGGAAAUGGUAUUGCUAGACCACUUGUCCUGUCCUUUUCUUUCACUUCAGGUCAAAUGAAUUUCACCUGAAAUUUGUGAUUUAAUAUUAAGGGAUUUUUUUUUUUUAAUUUCCCAUGCUUUGCUGUAGAAAGCUUAGUUUAAACUUACAUCCUUAUUUUUAGUUACUAUCAGCAUCUCGCUCUAAAUUUUGGUAGCCUUUCAGUCAUACUCUGAAAUUGUAAGGUGGGAGUUAGGGUGAGGCAUGACAAGCUCGGGACAGAAGAGUAGUGUGAAAGAACAUGGGAUUGUUUUGAUAAAGGGGUUGGUUGGUUGGUCAGUUGUUUGUUUUGUUUGUUGUGGGUCCCCCCCAUGUUCUUUAUCAUACCUUCUCUCGAUCACUGGAAAAUGGAGAGAAUACUUUUUCAAGACUUCUGCAAUUCUCCUCUGCAUAAAAGUGUUUUAAAUGCUUUUAAAAUAGUAAUUACAUUGGAAAGUAGUAUUUCUUUCAACAAAUGCAAGGAAUUUAAGUGGUAGAUAGAACUUUUUGAUCAGUUUAAAACAGUUUUACCAGGGUAGAUGAAAUACGUGGACUGACUGAUGCCUGGCUCAGAUGGAUCAUCCAAAGUUGCUGACAGUUGUUCAGUGUCUGGGUUUAUGUGAUUGUGGAGUAAUGGAGGUGGAGGAGAGAUCCUUUCUCUGUCACUUUGGUUUGUUACUUCCUGGGAUAAAGGACAGUAACAAGGAUUAAAAAUACUCCUCAGUACUCUCUUUAAAAUGCUUCUAGUUGUGUAUUUUAUCCAGAGAAUCAGUAACUGAAGCUGCAAACCUUAGAUUUAUUGUUUGUCUACGAUUUUGGCUCCAAGUUCAAAUUCUUGGUGAAUCAUUAGUCCCAUUUCCUGGUGUGUAUUUGAGGAAACCACUACAUCUUACUCUAAAGGAGCACACUGUUACAACCGAGUUGGGUUUUUGUAAUUGUUAUUGGCAGGGGGGAGGGUGUAUGGGUUUUUUUGUGGGGGUGGGAUUUUUGGUGUUUUGGGGAGAGGUGUUUCCUGGGAAAGGUGUUAUUGGCACAUGCAGGAUGUAUUUUGAAAGGGAAGUCUUAUCUGAAGAAAGUUACAAGGCUGUUUCUUCCUGCAGACUCUAGUGGCAGCAAAUCUAGAUAGUUUGACAUAGGGAUAGUGAGUUAUCUGCCUACAGGUUUGUAAGGGUGAAAGUAGUGACUGGACAGCUGCAUAAUGAAGCCCAAGGCAUUAGGAUAGGUACUGUACUGCAGGAAUCUGGUGGAAUGAGGAGCUGAGUUUAAGCUGAGUCUCAUCUCUGGCCUUAAAUGACUACGGAUCUUUAGAACAGAAAGAAGAGAAAGUGCUGAGGGUCCAAAGUGCAAUUUUAGUCUUUUCUCUCUUACACAGUAGUUUCUGUGGUAAUAACAGAGCUAAGAUGAGAAUGCAUAGGUUGCUUUGAGACUGAUACAAAAUUAAGGCAUUUUAGUGCUUUGGGGUAGGAGAGUUGUCUGGUUCCUUAUGUUAAAGAUUACAUGCUAAGAGUGUUGAGUACUUUUGUCAUACGUAUUGCAGAAUGGAUAGAAGUAUUUAAUGAAGAACAGUUGGGUUGGUCUGUGGUGUAGACUAAUAUACAGCUUGCUAAUUGUUUAAUUAUAGUGGUAAGUAGGGAAGAAAAAAUUCUUUAAAAUCUCUCUUUGUGAUUCCUUGAAGCUCUGAAUCCCUUAAUCCCUGCCUGUAAUUUUGCUGAUAUAAAUAUUAUGAGGCACUUUUUCAGCAUCAUCCUUAAGUCCUCAAACUUUUGGAGGUUAUUGUGGUUCUCUUAGUCUCCUUUAGAAGCACUGUAGGAGUUGUAACUAGGUGAGCUGUGUUACAUUACAAGAUGAGAUGUAAUUGGUUACCAGUGAUAAUGUGCAACUGCUAUCAGGUAAUCUCUCUUCAGCCACAGUUUGCAUCCACAGUUACUUGGUUGAGGAAGUUUGAAAUCUCUAAGAAUUUACAUGGUCCCCUAUGUCACUGUAGUUUUCAAGUUGUGUAUUUGAGAAUACAGCCCAUAAGGGUCUCAGACUUCCAAAUUAUAUCAAACUAUAUUCAACUAUAUCCAAUUAUGUAAUAUUUGCUUUUGUUAACUUUAUAUAGAUUUGGUGUCAUAGCUGAUUUUAUGAAAGACUCUAUGGGUGGUAUUGUAAGAUGCUUCAGUUGAAUAGCUAAAAACACUAAGCUGACUUCUACUUUGUAUGGGAGCAAUUGUGUCCGUGGUAUUUUUGGUACCUCCCAGCACUUCUGGAUUGUGCAGGAUCGGGGUGGGGGGUGGGUGGGAUGGGGGUUGCCUUUGUUCAAGUUUCCAGAGUUCUCAUUCAAGAAUUGAUCUUUCAGGUGUAAAAAAAUAUGGACAAUGCAGUAUCCUUAUGAAGGAGUGUCUGAGGAGGGUGAAUUCUUUGCCUUUUUAUUGAAGGGUGUUUUCUAAAUCUGAUGUAACUGUGAAUGUUUUUCUUUAUUACUGAUCACUUUUACUGGGGAGAGAAAUACAAAUAAUUCCCAGAGAAACUGGCAAUUGUUGCAAGUGAUGAGUUAUAAAGAGAAGAAUUUAAGAGGCUGUCAGACAUUGAAGAGUACAAAGAGGCGAGGUGAUAAAAAAUCAUGUAGAGUGGUUAUAAGAGAAAUUUUUCUUUAUUGCAAACAGUGGAUUUCAAAUGCUAAACCACCAAAUUUGGUAAUAUUUAAAGGCAUGUAAAUAAUUUUGAAGUCCUGUGGUUAGCUCAGUACAUAGCCAUCUUCAUAAGGGGUACAUGGUCCACCAUUUACAGCCAAGCUUUGAAUUUGGCCUUCAUUGUUAAAGUUUGGCAGGCCUGUCAUCCUGGUAGGUGACAUUCUCCAUGAGUCCUUUGUCCUUUUUAUUGUGGUAAAGGGGAGCGGUAGUGUGCCUGCAGUAGUUGUUAGUAAGGUACUUCUCACAUUCCAUUUCUGGUGAAUUUACUGUCUCGAAAUACGAAGACAGCAUCCUUUGAAAAAUAACUCCAGCCCAAGGUAGUGAAGAAUUUUAACUGCAAAAGAAACUGCAAAUCUGGACAUGGAGUAAGAAAGAGAAAGAAUUGUGAGGACGGUCAGGAGAAGAAAUCAUGCAAAUAAACGUGAAAUGUAACACCUUUGGGAGGGGAACUUGAUAUGCAUUUUUUCAUUAAGUAUUUUGUAAAGUUACAAAUGUAUAUAGCAUACUGUUCUGUAGGGGUUUUAUAGCUAAGCUCCCUAGAAAUGCUGUACACUAUAAAAUGUGAGGAAAUCCUAACCUGCUCUUUGUUUGCUUGUUUUCCUAGUUUUUCUCUUGUGUGCCUUACCAUGCAAGAAAAAAACCCCUCCUGUUUUUACUCCUAUUGGAUUGCUUUAACUGUAUGGUUCUACAUCUUAGUUUAUAUGGAUUAUAUAAGGAAAACAGGAUAACAAUGAGGAAGAAAAAGUAGGAAGAAUAAUAAUUUAUGUUGCUUAUACCUAUGUGCAUGUAUUAUGCAAGUAAGUAUGUGCAUAGAUAGGUUUUGACUGGAAAUCUUUGGCCAUUCUGUUGAAUUGAAUGUGUUAGUAAUCUGUAGGAGUAAAAUUUGGGAUAUUUAAUACUGAGAAGCACAUAGUUAUUAUUUAGGGGGGGGGAAUCACUGAUACCAACGCUUCAGUAUAUUUGUGCUAAUUAGUUUUUAGUGUAUCUAUGUAUCUUACAAAACAAAAUCUCAGAGGGGAGGAGGGUAGCUUUGCAAAUACAGUAAAACCCUGAGAACUCAGUAAGCUUAUUGUUAGAACAUAGACACUUAUACAGUUUUAAAGAUAUUUUUUUUAAAAAGUUGUUUUAUAAAAUAGUUUCUUGCACUUUACCUGCUGGCUUUUCAAUUUGGUAGAUAACAUCUGAACUCCAGCAGAGUUUUAUAAUCCCCACGUGCUUAAAUAUACUAAAUGUUCUUUUUCCAUUAAGGUUAAUGUUCGUGAAGAAAUUGAAGAGUUUUUUCCAAGAAUGUGGAAGAUAAAUCAAGAUAAAAGAAGGCUAAUGAAAAGUAUUAAAGAUCAGAAAAUUAAAAUUGAAUGGGGGAAAAAAUUGAACAGAAGAUUGGUCAGAUAGAAGCACUUGAAUAUUUUUUUAAGGCUAUAAUGAAUUGUUUGAAUUGGGGAAGAAUACACGAAGUAUGAAAAAUGAAAAACUCAAUGAAGAAUGAAGAAAAGUAGAAAGCAAGAGUGAAGUAGAAUUAAAAGAAUCUGGAAGAAUGAAUGGGUCCUAGGUUAAGUAAAUGAGUCUCGCUCCCAGUCAAAAUCUCCAGCUGGGAGUCCUGCUCGUGUAAAAUCAGAGAGCAGGUCAGGAUCUCGCAGUCCGUCGAGGGCUUCCAAACAUUCUGAGUCGCACUCUAGGUCAAGAUCAAAAUCAAGAUCCAGGUCCAGAAGGCAUUCGCACAGACGUUACACUCGUUCCAGGUCCCAUUCUCAUUCCCAUAGGAGGCGUUCUCGAAGCAGGUCAUACACACCCGAAUACCGUCGUCGCAGGAGCCGGAGUCAUUCUCCAAUGUCCAACAGGAGAAGGCACACUGGCAGCAGAGCUAAUCCAGAUCCUAAUACCUGUCUUGGAGUGUUUGGUCUCAGUUUGUACACUACUGAGAGGGAUUUGCGCGAAGUCUUCUCCCGUUACGGACCUCUCACUGGUGUCAAUGUGGUUUACGAUCAACGGACUGGACGGUCAAGAGGAUUUGCUUUCGUUUAUUUCGAGAGAAUUGAUGACUCUAAAGAGGCAAUGGAGCAUGCAAAUGGAAUGGAGCUGGAUGGCAGGAGGAUUCGAGUGGAUUAUUCAAUCACCAAAAGAGCACAUACACCCACCCCGGGCAUCUACAUGGGCAGGCCAACACACAGUGGAGGAGGUGGCGGUGGCGGAGCGGGUCGUCGCCGAGACUCAUAUUAUGAUAGGGGGUAUGACAGAGGAUAUGACAGAUAUGAAGAAUAUGACUACAGAUACAGGAGACGAUCACCAUCGCCUUAUUAUAGUCGAUACCGAUCACGAUCAAGAUCCCGUUCCUAUAGUCCAAGGCGCUACUGAAGAUCAGAAGAGUUACAGUUGAGGACUUGAUUUUUAAAUACAAAGUUCAGAUCUUUAGCAUCCCUACUGCUUUCCCUUCCAUUUUCCCUUUCUUGUCCUUCUUCCAGCUCUUUCACGAGUCUUUGGUUCAUUUAGGAUAUACAUAUUUUCAGUUGAAGUAUUCCCAUUUUCCAUCCCUUCUUAUUGUAAUACUCUUAAAUAUUGUAAUUGUUGUAGUUUUUGUGUAGUAAAACAUCUUGAGCAAAAAAAUAGAGAACCCCAAAGUGCUGAUACAUUUUGGAAGUCAUUCCUAUUUUAUUUCUAAAACAGUUGGACUCCUGACUAAUCAGAAGAGAACAUUGAUAUUUUUAAAGCUUGCAUGUCAUAUGUAGUAUACACACUCGGAUACUUUAACAUAAACCUGCAUUUCCAAGUAACUUGUUAAUCUUUCUGUUAAAAUGUUUACCUGUUACUUUGAUAAACAAGUAAUGACUUUGAGUCUUUUCUGUAAUGAUGAAUUUGCUUAGAUAGUCAUGAACCAGAGGAUUUUUUAAAUUUUUUUUUUUGUCAAGUAGUUGCUUUGAAAGUAGACUAUUUGAGCUAGAUCAGAGUUUGGUAUUUGACUGACUGGGAGAAUAGAUCCUUGUACACUCAAAAUUAAGGCUAUGUGUUUUAUAGAAAAAAGCUUCUGGAUUGCUACACAGUGGAUAACAGUUGAAAUUAAAAUUGUAAAAUUUCUGGAGUCUUUGUGGUACUUCAUUAAUUAUUUCCCCUUAAUUGGUGCAGGAGAAAAAAAUAUUUAUUGAACAUAGCAAUUAGUUAUAUAAUUUGCUGUUCAUGAAAUAAAAAAUGGCCAACUUUUUGGUAUUAAAAUAAUGAUGGAGCAAGUUUUGUUUCCAGUCCUUUUUGAACUUUUGGAAGUAUAGAUAGAAAAACCUAUAGCUACAUGUAAACCUUUUUUCCCCUCAAUAAAAGUUAAGUCCACUGAUAA